CCGUUCAUCUCUUCAAUCUCUUCUCUCUCUCUAACCGUUUAUGCCACCCCAUUGCCCUCCACCCCACCAUUGAAAGCCUCAAUUUUAAGCUCUCUCUCUCUAAAACUUCAAUUCACCCCACAUUUGUAAGCUCUCUCUCUCUAAAACCGCAUUUCACCUCCCUCUCUUCUUGCUCUUUGCACUGCAAACUCUCCUCAAAGAGCAAAAAUUGGGGUUUGGGUCCCUCCCCCCCCCCUCUUCCUCUUCUUCACUGUAGGGGACAGGAUCUAAAAAAGGUCAUUUGGGAGUUUUGUUCAAUUAAUUGUCUCUUUUUGGGAGAGAAGAAAGGGUUUAUCGAGAUGAAAUUAUGCCUGUUCGACCGGAUUAUAGGCCAGCAAUUGCAGUUCAUCACAUGAUUCAGGCACUCUUCAGUCUGAGGUUUUCCGAGGGAGCCAAUUCUGUUCUGAAGAGGACAUACCAUUCUAGUGGAGGCAAUCCGGCCGGUCCUUUCACUGCAAUCGGAAAUGACGACGAAAAUGAAGGGACUUCUGAAAGGCCUCAGAUAUAUCUCCCAAAUAUUUGAUGUCAACAAUGUAUACAAGGAACAUGAACUGGAAAUUGGUUAUCCUACCGAUGUAAGGCAUGUAGCACACAUAGGUUGGGAUGGCCCUUCUGUAAACCCACCAAGCUGGAUGAACGAGUUCAGGACUGUUCCGGAUUUCUCAUCAGCACCACUCAGUCCGUUAGGAGAAGCAAAGGAGCCAACUGCUACCAGAAGGGCAUCACAAGACCUUCAACAGCAACUUGCAGCCCAGCGCGACUCCCCGGUGCAAGACCCCACCACCAGCCCGGGUCCAGCUCGGCGCCACAAGUCCUCUGGCGGCUCCUCUGUCAACUCUCCAUCCCUCGACUCCUUAUCUGAAUUCCCAAGGCCCCCACGCCGCCACCAGUCUGCGGGAGUCGCCCUCGACUCCCCCUCUCGAGAUUCUCCAAAGGCCCAACGCUCCCAAAUCACCCGCUCGGCCCCUGACUCUCCGAGCAAUGACCCUUCCGGAGCACCAAAGCAACGUCGUAGAAGGCCAAAGGGUUCAACUUCGGGCUCGACGAGGUCCUCAAGGUCCAAGGCCUCCUCUCUCUCCGACCAGGAUAUGAAAUUUAGUGAACACAAGAUGAGGAACCAGACUGAAGGUAGUGUUUGAUGGAACUGAUCUUACUAUACUCUCUCUUUGCUCUCCUUUCUUUCCUUGAGAGAGGAGAGAAUGCAGGUUUGAUGGAGAUGAGAGAAUAUUUUUUUAUUGUUAGUGAGAGAAUGUUAGUGCGUGGGGAAACAGGAGAGAGAAAAUGAAAAGAGAGAGAAUUCAUGGAAAGAGGAGAGAUAAAGUUGUUGCAUGGGUGGAAGUGUGAGAGAGAUAGAGAGGAUUGGGGUUUGGUUUAUGAGGAUUUUUGGAAAGUAAGGUUAUGAGAGAGAAAGAAGAGUGAGAAAAGUUGCUGAUCUCAUGCUGGUUUUCAUUGGUUUGUAAAUCUGUCCUGUUUAUACAUGCGCCGAUGGUGUUGUAGUGA